AUGGCUACAAGAUCCUUCAAAUUGGCCGUGGCGGCGUCCGUUUUUUUUUUACCAACAACUUUCUGGGACAAUGCUGUCGCCCAGGAAGGCGCAGAAGAUACAUCACAAUGGACAAGCCAUGGUGAUCAAUUACAAAUUGAAGCGAGUACACGUGGUAGGCUCUCCGGGGUUUCUGCUGCUCCGCAUACAGUGGGCCGCCUGCCGUCAUUGGGUGCCGUACAGGCAUUUGGUACGUUGGUUGUUGCAGCCGCAGCAGUUUUUCUCGUCUUGAGAUGGUCUUCUAUCCGAAAACAAAAGCCCAUAUCUCAGACACAUGCAAGCGGCCCAGCAGUACCCCAAGGCAACACCGAGCCUGUCGAACUGUCCGCCAAUGGCCUUAGCGCUGCAGAUGUUGAGCACGGUGGCGCUUCAGGGGAAACAGACGAAAUCGACCUUGUUGAACUGCAGAUCAGUUUACUUACGCUAAGUCCAUAUGAUGCUUCGACACUGUCUACGGCAGAAAGGCGAAUGGUGGCACUGGCUGUGGAGGCUUUCCAGGGUGUCGGCGACGAGUUGGAGGUGCUGUAUGCAAGAGCAGCGGAACUGGAUCGUCAGCGAUCGAAUAUGCAAGACAGAAUUGAGCAGGUCAAAGAGCGCCAAAAGGCAGGUGAGCAUUAUUCGGAUACUAUCCUUGAAACUCUGCAGGCGGCGGCUGAAAAACUGGACGACCAGGCCGAUACUGCUUGGGAGGCGUAUGCAGCAAAAGACCAACAGAGAGACCAAAUGGGGUACACAGCAGCUCAAGAGCAGCGAUCUGCGCGCCUGCUGUCGGACAGUGCAGCAAGACACAGCAACGAUGGUACACCUCCACUCACCCCUAAAGCAGCUGCAGCUGUCGCUGCAGCAGAGAGGGUGUUGCAGGCCGUGCACCGUCAUUCGCCUUUGCGUGUAACUGCUCGUCCUUCUUUUUCUGCUGAGCGAGCAGCAAGGGCAGAGGAGGCGGUCAAAGCCCACACGAGAGCGCUGAUACAGGCCAUGCAGCGAUGGAACCAGGACCGAAGUGGGCUGGUUGCAGCAGCUCAAGAAGCCUUGAGAGAGGCAAUUGUAGUCCUUGGACAACUGGAAGCGGGCAGUUGGGGUGAAACAUCUAAAGGCCUGAGAACUGCAGUAGAACGCCUGCAAACAAUUAUUAAUACGGCCACAAGGAGCACGGCAAACAGUUGGUCCAUGGGCAGCAUGAUAUUAUCAGACGCAGAGAAAGCAGCGGCAACAGCUCGGGCUGCGGCUCAGGUUCAGAGGCAGACGAUGGACGCUCUACGGAUAAGUCGAGACCUGGGCAAGAUGUUGAGAAACAUGGACGGGACAGAAGGACAAUACCGGAAGAUGGAAACGCUGUUUGGAGAUGGUGUUACGAUAUAUACAGUUGCGCUGCACACUGAAGUUCCACGGGAGGUGCCUCACGAAAUCUAUCAGCCCUUUGUGCUGGCAGUGAAAAUGUGUGGGAAUAUUCUCGGGGAUGCGACCCAUUCUCUGAAGCGUUACUGGCAUGCGACAAUAGAGAAGCACAGAGGGUUGCUGGUGCGUGCAACGGAUGCCCUGCGUGCGACGCGGAUGCAGGCCACAGCCAAUGGCAAUGCUGGGAUCUCUCAACUCCUGGAGAGUGAUAUGCGAAACUGUCGAGUUGCAUUGAGCCAAGCAACGACAUGUUACAAAAGAAUGAUGUCGUACUCCACCUUUCCGUCAGCAUUUCCCUUCUUGGCGAACGGGUGUAUCGGACUUAGGAUCGCCAUGGAUAGCGCACAGACACAACUCGUGCAGGCAGCAGACGCGCUGGCUUCGGCGUGGGAGACGGAUUUGAGUGAAGCGGUGGAAGCCUUCAAAUCUCAUGCAUCUCUUGAUAAUGCACGAGAAGUCAGUUCGCGAGCAGAGGAGGGCAGUGAUGCCUUGGCCCGCAUUUAUCGACUUGCAGACCCUUCGCCUCAGUUUGAAGGGCUUGAAAGUUCAAUCGAGAGAGCCAGGCAACUAGUUGAGAAAUUCAAACAACAGCAGCCACAACAGCAAAAGUCGGAUCAGGAGCAGCAAGAGGGUACAAGGACUUCAGGGGUUGCUUCGCGAUUGCGACACUGGUUAGGAGGAAAAGUGUCGGGACGGGAAUAG